UCCAGAUUCACACCACUACCAUUAUCUCCCCGGAUUCCAACUCCAUCCUUUGCUGCAGACUAAAGGAGUGAGAAAAGCCAGCCCAAUACCAAGCUCUGUACCCCAUGGGGCCGCGCCACGGCUCCACGCCCCCCACGGCUGUGGAUUCAUCUGCCGAACAACGAGGGACCAAACGACGGAGGGUCCCUGUGGCCUGUGCCGCAUGCAGGAACAAAAAGAGUCGUUGUGAUGGGCAAAGGCCAAAAUGUUCGAGUUGCCAAGUACAAGAUUUGGAGUGCGAGUAUGCACAAACUCCAAUAUCCAGCACGACGCCGGUACCUAAGAUAUUCUUACAGUUGGUUGAAACUCGUUUGGCUAAUUUGGAGAACGACGUCCGGGCGCUCAAGCGACAAAAUCGUAGUGAAGCGCAGUAUAGCCUGGAUGACGAUCGUGGGGAACUCUCUCACUUAGUGGUCGAUAGCUCAAUCUCUCGAGAAGAACUACAGAACACCGGUGUUUCACCGGAUGCCACAGACGGAGUGGGGACUAUAGAGUUCACAGAUGAAGAAAAUGCAGGAUACUUCGGCCAAUCCUCAAAUAUCGCCUUCACCAGGAACCUCCGCCGGGCACUUGGUCGUGUUUUAACUGAACGCCAGAACGACAACUCCAUGGCUCAGAGCGCCACGGCAUCGCCUCCUCAGGCCAGAGUUAGAGUAUCUCGCCCACUAUCGCCAGGUCUUCGUCACUAUCCACCGGUUAACGCUAAUCAUUCCACUUCAGAAGCUCUGCGCCUUCCACCUCCAACUGAGAUGGAAACUCUGAUUCGUAAAUUCUUUGGCAACACCGGGGCACUAUUCCCUUAUAUCCAUAGAGCUAACUUCAUCAAAACUUUUGAGGAUGCCAAGCGAUACAACUUCAAAACAUGCCGGCGGUCAUGGCUUGGCCUUCUAAACAUUAUUCUGGCCAUGGCGACCGGAACAGAGCCUUUGCCAAUUGCUGAUGUAUCCGAACGAACUAUUCGUGCUGAGACGUUCUACUCGAGGUCGAAGACCUUAUGUCUGGAUCUGAUCAUGAGCGGCACAUCUGUAGAAUCAGUUCAAACAAUGCUUCUGAUGAGCCUAUAUCUUCAAGGAACCAAUCGAUCAGUCAAGACAUGGAAUAUUCAUGGCCUUGCUGUAAAAGCUGCAUUCCAGCUAGGAUUACAUGUCAGUGACAGCGCAUGGAACUGCUCAGAGCUCGACCGUGAAAUUAGAAAUCGAACAUGGUACGGCUGUGUAAUACUGGAUAGAACUUUAAGCAUGACCUUUGGACGUCCCCCAGCGAUUCCAGAGAAUUAUGUCAGAGUGCCUCUCCCCCAAAUAUGCCAUUCCAGCAUGAGCCGAAAUGAUAGUUCGGACAACCUGGAGAUAGUUAGUGCCAUGUUCUUCGUUGCGACAAUAAAACUAUACAAGGUGAUGUGGUCGAUCAUUGACACUUUAUAUGCAUGCAAUUUAGGUUCUCAACCGGACCAUAACGUGCUCAUGGUCGCCUCUAAUGUUCUGCAAAUAGAACAGCAGUUUUUAGAGUGGCAAUCAACUUUGAAUCCAGAACUAGCUCUCAUACAAGCACAAGAAAUUUCUAGCGAUCCAGAAUACUCAUUGACGAAGAGAUUGCGUGUCAUUUUAACCAUGCGAUACCACAAUCUUCGCAUUCUCGCGUAUCGCCCAUAUCUUGACCUUUACUUGCGCAACAUCGGCCGACCUCAUGUUGAUGGUAGCGAGGUAUUGAUGCUGAAGCAAUUCGGUGGACGGAACAUCACCGCUUGUUUUGACUCCGCUGCCAAUCUCAUAAGGAUAGUCCACUUAAUAACGCACUCGGAAGACUCCUUGCGCAGUUUACUUGGAGCAUGGUGGUUCACCUUAUAUUACACUCUGAAUGCAACACUUACUGUCAUGUCCAUGCUUUUAAUCGACAAGAUGUAUGGGUCAAACGUAAAUAUGGUUUCUGAUAUCCCUUCAACGGCUUUGCUAGAACUGUCGGAGGACGCACUCAGUUGCUUGCCUGCGAUUGAUCCAGGCAAUCAAAUGGUUGACAAAUGCGCUCAAGUGGCUGCGGAGAUUUACAAAUGUUUGGAGCUCGUAUCAACACCAAACUCCGAAGGAGAUGCACCGUCAGCCGCAGAGACAUCGAUCAAUCAACCUAUAAAUUCCGGUGGAACAUUCGCGACGGGGCAUGUGCAACUACCUGUCGAUCUGAGUAGCUUUGGGCUUGACUGGGAUCCAGAUAACUUCAUGUCUACUCUAGAUCCGGAUAUCGUUGACGGCAUCCGCGAUACAGACAUUUUCUUCUAGAUAUUUUGAAAGAUAUGGCGGGCAUCACCACCAUUCUCCAAGACGAUCACAGAUAUGUCGGGAUGCUCAGAUAGGACAACAGCAAGCAAGGGUUCGGCUGUAGCAGCAGCAGCAGCGAUGACAUAGUCGUCGGUGGUAUUUUGAGCUGCACGGGUGGCUGCAAGCAAUACGAAGACCAUAGGAGAGCGCGUUUGACUAAAUCUACAGAUCAAUGUCAAACAGCAGGCGAUUUUAGUUGUUGUUUAGAAGCAAGCGACAAAGAACUUACGACAUCUUGAAUCAAAUUUACCACGUCGCAUUCAUUUGUGCAUCAGCACGGCCAAUCGUAAGAGUCGCCCAUCAUCAAUAGUCAUACACGAUAUUAGGGGA